CAUCCGGUUGUCUGCUUAGCGCUAAAUUUGGAACGAAAAUGUCUUGAAAAUAUUUAAAGUAAUAAGAAGAAUGAACAGGUGUCCAGCCAAAAUAUACCACAUGUAAAAAUGGAAAAGCAGUUUGUUAUUUUGUACACACAUCAGAAACAGAAGAAGGCUAAAACUUGGCAUGAUGGUGUUCUUAAACACAGUGGGACUGGUACCAAGGCUGUGUUAUAUGAUGAGAAAGGGUGUAGACUGGACAGUAUCCAUAUGAAAGUGGAAGAUAUUAAACUUGGUGAACAGUUGGAAAGUGACAGAUACUAUAUCCUGGUUGAAGAGGUGAAAGCUGAAGGCAGUAAUGCUCAGACAGAGACCAUCUCAAACCAGUUAGAGAGUGUCCAAAAUACAACACAACCAUCAAUUCCCCGUGCUAGAUGUCCAGGGCUGAAGAGGAAGAAGUCUGGAUUCAUGCCACCUAGACUGGUUAAACAAGUUUGUUUAGAAAACUCUCCCAACAAUGAAGUACUGUCAGGAGUGCCCAGUGCUGAUACAUCUAUUGCUCCCCUAUAUCACAGUAAUGCAGGUACAAGGGUACCUUUUUUACCACACCAGUCACACAACAUUGGUAACAGUAAUGUUCAAAUUACAGAAAAUGAUUCAGAAAAAAAUACUCUGUUCCAGAAUAAGUCUGCAGAUAACAGUCACAGAAAUGUGUUCAAUUUGUAUUCUAGAUAUAGUAAACUUGAUAACACUAGUGGGAGUAACAAUUCAAGUCAAGAGUUGUCAAGUAAUGGAGGAAAUCAAAAACUGUUAUCCCCUUGGUCUGUUUAUGGUUCCAAAAACAGCAGCCCAUCGCUUAAUAUUGGUGACAGUUUGUCUAGAUCAAUGUUUGGAAGUCAGGGAUCAGAUUGCAGUGCUUAUUCAUAUGAAGAUAAAGAUUCAAAUAAACUUCUUGACAAAUUUGUUGACGAUAAGGUUGGCAAAUCAUUCAUAACAGAAACUACAGAGACUAAACAAACUAAUCCUUUACAUGGGAUGAACUGUUCAAGUAACAAGCCUCAAUUCUGUAAUGACAUAUUACAUCCAAAAGAAGCACCAUAUAAGAUGGGAGAAGGGUGUAGUGUUAUGAAUAAUGAGGAAACUGGCCAAGGUAAAAGAAACAUUUCACAGAUAAUGAAUCUACUGAAAAAGAAACCAUUGGGUGAAAAUAAUUUGGAAUCCAGUUUAACUCAUUCUGUAAAAGUUGUUGAAGAACAGCCAGUUACAAAAAAUAAAUUCAGAGACACUACUCGAGAUGUUAAACUUUCAAAUAUAUUGGUAGAUAAAAGUAAAAAUGUUAUUGAACAAAAGGAUCACCAACAAAAGUUUAAAUCUAAAAAUUCUUUAAAUGAGGUUAAAGCAGAUAAUGAAGUGCAGCAUAUAUCAGAUGAGAUACAUCUUUGUUCUGACAAGGUAGCAGAAAUUAGUAAUGUUGUAUCAGGUGACAAUAUAAAAUCUAAUAAGGAUAUACAAAACCAAGACCCCGAGAAACAAACUCUUUGCCUUGGAGGACAGAGUUUACUUGAAGAGAAUGAAGAAAGUGACAAUGAUGAUGAAUUGAUGGGUAGUUUUCACAUUAACUUCUCUCCACUCUCACAUGUUACUAAUACUGAUGAUGAAAAUGAAGUAAAUGAUUGUACCAGUAAAGAGCAAAAUGACAUUGAUAUUGACUGUGAUAGUGGGCAGAUUGAAGAAAAGUAUGAAGAAAAUGUUACAGAUAAAGUGGACAGUGUUGAUUAUGAUGGAUGUGCCACAAAUGAAAAUGAUGGUGAUAGUUUAGAACAUUGUAAUGAUUACAUUUUAUGUGAUACUGGUGACUCAAAAAAUGGUCAGAACAGAAAUAUGAAUGCAAACACUGCCAGUAUUUGUAAUGUUUUAAGAAAACCGAACAUCAAUAAAGAAAGUCCUGUUAUAGAUACUGGCACAGAAAAUUGUGUUCUAAAAGGUUUAGAAAAGACUAAAGAUAUUCUACAUGACAUGGAUAUGGAAAACAAUGUACUUGAGCAUGAUGAAGAGAAACAAAAUAUUGUGAGUGAAAGAAAAGUUGAAAAAGGUGUAAAUGGCAUUGAUACAAACUGUAGUGAAAAUUUUGACACAUUUGAAGAGGGAACUGACUUUAUAAAGACUGAUGUCAAUAGUUUAGACACUUUUGUUUCUAAUGAAUGUGAUAUGAAAGAAAAUUCUGAUAAAGACACAUUUCAAGCUAAGGUAAUAAAAUCAAAAUUAGAUAAUCUUUCAGAUAAUGUAAGAGUCUCAUUAGAUGCAGGCAAACAAGUGUUAGAUAACAACAAUGAUAAUUUUGAAGGUGAUAAUAUAAUGAAAGACAUAUGUGAUAAUGAUUGCAAUGGAGCAGAUAUAGUUGAUGAUGCUGAGCUGGCUGAUCAGUCUGUAGAUAAUAAUGCUAGUCAGUAUUCCAGAACAACUAGUCAAGAUACAAUGGAUUUUAGUUGUGAUACUUUAGAUAGUGAUGAUCCAAAUUAUCAUGGUAUUCAAACUCAGCAUCUUGGCAGGUUAAUUCCCUCCUCUGGAUUUAGUAAAGGCUUAACAGUUGAUGAUAUACAGAAAGGAAACAAGCCUCAGAAUAGAUUGAAUACUACCACAUACAAUGAAAAUAUGAAUUGUUCUCCUGCACAUACAGUAAACUCAAUGAGUAUGUAUGGAAAUAAAAUUGGUAACUCAGGUACAUCUUCAGGGGCCUUUCAUCAACAUAAGGAACCAAUGGCUGUCAGUAACGUGAACAAUGCAUUGAGAUGUCAGAACUCUAAUCAGUUUGAUAGGAGGAAGAACUCAUGGUCAGAUAGUAGGAAUAUUUCACCAGACACUGUAAAGUUGACAGCCCCUUCAUUGAUCACAGGUGUGGAAGAUCUAGAUAGUGAAGAUCCUCUAGGGAACACACAUGAUGUACCGGCUCCUCCCCAUCCUAGCAAACUGAUUCAGAGACAUGUUAAAAGAAAGGCAGAUGUUUGUGAUACAUUACAGAAUAGACAAUCUGAAGAAAUAAAUAAACUAAAUCAUGAUGCACAUUCUAUGGACUCGCAUUUUGGUGGUUAUGGUACACAUGGCAUAUCAUCAGCUGUUGUUUCUAGGCAACAUCUAAAUCAUCCUGAAGAUAGAGCAUGUUCUAGUCAAUACAAUGCUGUAUAUCACACACCUGGUGAAAGUCCAUCUCUCAAUGAAGAUUUAAACCAAUACAGGUCACCUUUCCAGCAACUGUCUGAUUCAGAUUUAAGCUUUCAGUCUUCACCAAAUUUCUACAUUGACUGGCAAAACAAUAAACCUCAAAUUUGCCAACAAGGAAAAGUGUGUGAUGCUGAGUCAACUAUUGAUGUUAAUGAGGCCCCGGUUGACGCAUCUACACGAGGUAUGACUGAGAGGUCAUCGCCACUUAUUACAGAUGAGGAUGAGAUUUAUGGAAAAUUAUACAAACCUAGAAUGAUGUAUCAACACCAGUCUGGUAAAAUACAUUAUGAGCCUUCAAACCUUUCUGAAUUUAGGGAAGAAUCUAGCCCAGCAUUGAUACAAGAAGAAAACAUGUCAUCUCUGUUAAGCAAGUGUAAACAUAAAGACUUACCUGACAGUGUGAACAGUUCACUUGAUUCUUUCCCAUACCAACAUUAUGAAACGUUGAAAGAGGGCUCAAAAGCCAACAAAAGUCCAAACUGGCAGCAACAUUCUACAACUACUAAUCCACCUCACUCACAAUUAUCAGACUCAUGUGAUGGAUACCUUUUUCAAGGUCAGAGAAAGAAAUUACCUGCAUCUUUAGAGACUGCAAAGGAUGGGAAUAGUUUGACAGUUUCUGAGGACUCAAUGAAACACACACCAAAUGGUAAUGAUGUGUUGAAUUCAAAAUGGCAGAAUUUUGUUGCCAGUCAGACGAGUGACGACUGUGACAUUGUUAUGAACAAACUCACAAAAACUGUAGAUACAACCAAAAAAGGGAGGAAAGAUUUUGUUUCAUUGAAAAGUUCACCAGGUCUUUACAACACACAAAAAGCUUUCUUCCAGCCUAUAACGGAUAUAGAGGAAGAUAAAAAAUCCCAUCAACAAUCUUUGGUCAGUGGGCUGAAUAGUCAGCUAUCAGACUUUAGUGAUGACAUCUAUGAAAGAGAAGUUUCAAAUUGUCAAAAAGAAGAUUUGAGGUUAAAUGUCACUAAUUCUGAACACAUACCAAAAAACAUUGAUAAUAAUAUUCAAGCAGUUCAUAAAAAGUCACAAGAUAUUGCUCAAACCAAUGAUGGAAAGUUGAAUGUGGUUGACAUGGACAAGGAAAUUCAAGAAGAAUUUGAUUCUGAAAUGUUUUCAUCUAUGGAUUCCAUUGCUGAUGAUGAUUUUUACAUAGAACACUUUACAGAAAGUGCUAAAAAUAAGAAUUUAGAGAUUGAAGUUGGGGAACAAGAGGUUCCAGAAAUAAAAGAAAAUAAUUUGGGUGAUGAAAAUUUAACCAGUGGAAAGCAAGUCAGUGAUAGUUCAAAUGUGUAUAACAAGAAAGAAACUGAAACAGAAGGCGAGGUCAAUGGUGAAGUUGUAGGGCAUCCAGGAAGUAAUAUAACAAGUUUUGAUGACAGAGAAAGGGAAGUAACUGCUGUUGAAUGUCUUCCCAAAGAGGAUGAAUUAUGUACAGAGUUAGGUUGUGAAGAGGAAGAUCUUGAAAAGGAAAAUGAGGACAUGGAGAAGACUAAUGCAAUUUCUGAGGCAUCAGAAAAAGUCAAAUAUGUGAAUUCAUACGGUAGUGAAAAGAAAAUAUUCAGUGAAAAUACCAUAGGAAAGGGUAAAGAUUUACAUAAUUUAGAAGAAUGCAAUGUAAACAAAAUUACAAUGGUAACAGAAAAUACAACAAAAGAAGAAACUAAUUGUAGCUCCCCAGGCUUUUCUUUAGAUGAAUCAUUAGAUUUGUCUUUUUCACUUGAUAUAGCAUGUGCAACUUCCACACAACCAGAUAGGCAAAUCAGCAAAACACCGGCUAUGAGAAUAGGCUGGAGACCACCAAUAAAAUCAGGGGGCAGUCAGAAAAGUCCAAAUCAGUCUGAUGCUCAUGCAGGAACUGUGCCUCAACAUAGUGAUGCCAAAAAAUCAGAAAAAUUAAGACCUACUUUUAAAUGCCUUAGGCUUAUUACCCAGAAGAAGAAUUCAAUUGGAGCAGAACAGAAAUCUAAUAAUUUUGAGGACAUAUUUGACAAUGUGACUGGGAAAAAAUGUGAACUUUAUAAGCCAGACCAAAGUCCAAACAUUCUUAGUGAUGAUAAACAAAAGUUUGAUCCUGUGGAGAAAAAUCUAAGUACAACUGUAAGAAAUAGUAUUGAUAAGGAAACAAAAAAUACAACAUACCAACAGCAGAAAAGACAAGCUGUAAAUGUACCAAACAAUGUAUCGUCGAAUAAGAGUUUUAAGCCCCCUUCAAUGUUGAGGACCCCUGUAGUGAAUAGAAAAAUCCCAUCACCUUGUCUUCCUGUUACUGGUCAGCAGGUAUUAGGUGUAAGCCAAACAGAGUUACGUUUUCCUGGUAGACUUGAAACAGAUAGGUUACAGAAUGUAUUAAGACAGGUGGUUAUUCCAGAUACAUUUCCUACAGUUGCCAUCUACAAACAGGUUUUAACUGCUGCUCUCACAGAAUAUAUCAACACCCAGCUAUUAGAUGUUGCAAAGAGAUACCACCAUGCUUUGUUGAAAGUGGAUACCACAGGCUAUUCUGAAUAUAAAACAAAAAACAAUACUGGAGCUUCUAAUAAUCCUAACCCACAUUGUCAGUGUGGUGUACCAUCUAAAAUUAUCAGUGUGAAGAAAGAUGGGCCAAAUUGUGGAAGAUAUUUUUAUACUUGUAGUGCUAACAGGAACCAGCAAUGUAAGUUUUUCCAGUGGGCUGAUGAGAUGAGGAAAGGUGGUGGAAUGUCAGGUAACAAACGAAAGAUACAAGAUUCCCAGAGUCUGAGACUCUACAUGAAAGAUCAACAUGUACAUUUCUAUGGAGAAUGUCAGCUCAUUAAAAGAACUAAAGAAAACAUUAAUAGAUACUUCAAGGCACCUAAAUGGGCACGUAACCGUGGUGAUGGGGACAUGGUUCAGAAGAAACAGAUUUUCUUAAAGCUGCCAUACAAAGGACGGUCUUCAUUGUAUGCAAAAGAUGACAUAUGGGUGAUAUCAAAGCAUUUGGACUUUGAUCCAGUACAAUCUUUCCUGGCAAGGAGCACAUAUUAUGGUCCAUCUUCAUCUCUUGAGGUAGAAAUUGAACCACUUGCUCUGUACAGUCCCUCUAACUGGCAACAUGAAGUUGUAUGUCAUGCUAUACUGGUAGGAAAUUUAUCAUCAGAGUUAAGCUGUAUGGACAAUAUACGAGAUCAUAUACAAACACAGUCUCCUCCUGUCUUAUCACAUCUUAUAAACAGGCAAACAGUGGAUACAACAGAUUCCAUAAGGAAUUCUAGCAGAGGGUUCCAAGCCCCAAGAAUAGUGGGUGACCAAGUGAACAGAUCUGGCAAAAACUUGCAUAUAUGCUCAGAACAAAUGGAUGAUUUAUGUAGACAGUAUAUAGAGAGAUACAGUCUUAACAGGGACCAAGCAGAGGCAAUGAGGAGGGUAGCCAACAUGUUCUCUGUGGAAAAAUCUGCCAUUGUUGACAGUGUACUACUCAUCCAUGGUGUAUUUGGUGCUGGUAAAAGUUUCCUACUCUCUGUUAUGGUGCUGUUCUUGGUCGAGGUGUUCCACUUGAAUGAUUCUCUAACAGAUGGUCAACCGUUUCCAUGGAAACUUCUCAUAUCAUCAACUACAAAUGUGGCCGUUGACAGAAUUUUGAUGGGUUUGCUAGAUCUUGGUUUUGAAGAUUUUGUCCGUGUGGGAAGUGUGAAGAAAAUUGCUAAACCAGUUUUACCAUAUAGUGUGCAUGCCUCUGGGACAGAUAAUCAGGAGCUGAAAGACCUUCAAGAAAUGCUCAGAAGUGGGGAGUUAACUGCUACAGAAAAGAGCCAUGUUAGACAAAGCAUAGAAAAACACAGACAUGGUGAAAAUAAAAAGAAACUUGGUAGAGUACGGGUGGUUGGAGCAACAUGUGCCUCCUGCUCACUGGCUUGUCUCAAUAACAUGGAGUUUCCUGUAAGUUAUUCAUGA